CCUUUUUCAAGCGCUCUGUGAGACGCUACAGUAUAAUCUGUUUUAAUUUUCCAGGUGAGAAACCACACAGAUGCCAUUUGUGUCCCUUUGCGUCAGCUUACGAACGUCAUCUGGAAGCUCACAUGCGAUCCCAUACUGGUGAGAAACCGUACAAAUGUGAGUUGUGUUCCUUCCGCUGCAGCGACAGGAGCAACUUAUCUCAUCACCGCAGGCGCAAACAUAAAAUGGUGCCUAUCAAGGGUACAAGGUCUUCCCUAAGCAGCAAGAAAAUGUGGGGGGUUUUGCAGAAGAAGACCAGCAAUUUGGGGCACAGCAGAAGAGCAUUAAUUAAUUUGAGUCCGCCUUCAAUGGUGGUUCAUAAACCGGACUACCUUAAUGAUUUCACUCACGAAAUCCCAAAUAUCCAGACUGAAGCGUACGAGAGCAUGACAAAAUCAACCCAGAGCAGUGGAUUGCCGAGAGAUCCACAAGACCUUAUGGUAGAUAAUCCUUUAAACCAGCUCUCCACAUUAGCCGGACAGUUAUCUAGCUUGCCACCUGAAAACCAAAAUCCAGCCUCUCCCGACGUCGUCUCCUGUCAAGACGAGAAGCCUUUCCUGAUUCAGCAGCCCGCCGCACCGGCGGUAGUUUCAGCUGUGUCAGCAAAUAUUCCUCAAAGCUCGUCUCCGACCAGCCCAGAUCCUCGUCCUCCGCACAAUCAAAGGAACUAUAGUCCCGUGGCAGGUCCCAGCAGCGAUCGCAGCGCCCACACCAGUACGCCCAGCAUAAGUAACAGUCAGCCGAGCACUCCGGCUCCGACCCUCCCGGUUCAGGACCCUCAGCUUCUGCAUCACUGCCAACACUGUGACAUGUACUUUGCGGACAACAUCCUUUACACUAUUCACAUGGGAUGUCAUGGAUUUGAGAAUCCUUUUCAGUGCAACAUAUGUGGGUGUAAGUGUAAAAACAAGUAUGACUUCGCUUGCCAUUUUGCAAGAGGCCAACAUAGUCAACAUUGACUGAGAACGUGCUUUUGUUUAGUUUUUUAACAUAUUGCAGUCUAUUUUUCAUACUCGCUGAAGGGAAGCUUGCACAUUCCUCUAAGGAAUCUCGGCGUUAAUCAGUUUGACAAAGGAGGCAAAGUUAUUUCUAUGUCGUCGUAAAACGUGCCAGGGAAAUUUUGUAUCGGACGUGGUUGUUAUUUUCUGCGUAGCCUUGCAAAAAGCUGAGAGAGUGCUAUAGGAAUCGGAAUGCAUUUACAUGCUUUGGUUGCAAUAUUUAAGUUGCUUGCACUUAAUCCCAACAGACAUUCUACAAAUG